AUGAGGAUGAUGAAGAAAUAAUGAACGGGCAAAAUUUGUUUAAUAUAAAAACUGUUGGAAAAUUGAAAAAUCGUAUUAAUAAUUUUAGAAUCUCGGACGUGAAAACAUCUCAGGUGAAAAUUUAUUUUUAAAUAAGUUUAAGAAAAGAUGUCAGUAGUACCUUUAAUGUUUCGUGACUGGUGGGAUGAACUUGAAUUUCCAACUCGCACAUCGCGGCUCUUGGAUCAACAUUUUGGUACCGGAUUAAAACGUGAUGAUUUGAUGUCCUCUGUAUGGAAUUCGCGGCCAACAAUGUUGCGCUCGGGAUAUUUACGCCCUUGGCAGCGUACAACUGGCUUGCAAAAGCAAGACUCUGGAUCCACCUUAAAUAUCAAUGAAGAAAAAUUUGAAGUGAUAUUGGAUGUCCAACAGUUUACACCGAACGAGAUUAGUGUCAAGGUCACCGACAAAUUUGUCAUUGUAGAGGCCAAACAUGAAGAAAAGCAAGACGAGCAUGGUUUUGUAUCCAGACAAUUUACUAGGCGCUAUCUUUUGCCAAAUGACAUCAACCCAGACUGCGUCACUUCAUCGCUGUCGUCCGAUGGACUCUUAACUGUUACCGCUCCCAUGAAAAAGUUGCCUCCACCGAACACAGAACGCGUUGUUCCCAUCUCUAAGACUGGUCCUUCUUCACAAGAAGAAAAAGAAAGAAAAGUUGAAACGACAACAGCUUAAACAAUAAGAACCCACAUUUAAUUGCGUAUUUGAUUAUUAACAGAAUGCUUUUUAUUUUUUAUACAUACGAGUAUCUAUCUAUUAUGUUAAUUAAAUAGUUAGGUAAAAACAUAUGUAAACAAUUUUUAAAGCUUUAAUUAAUAGAGGAGGAUUCUAGUUUCAUUUCACCAACAGGGAUGGAAAAUUCAAAAUUUACUGAAACCAUACCAAAUUAUUGCUACGAUGAUACUUUAUAGGAUCCCGUAAACAUAAUCCAUUUUAUACCGCCGCGCCGUUGCUGUAAAGCAACACUAACUUAAAAAUUUAAUUUGCAAAAAUUCGAAAUAAUAAAUACAUUUUUUUAUGAUUACAAA